CAAAAGAAGCGUCGACAUUCUCGUGAUUCGGGAAGUGAAGGUUCGGGUGUCAGAGAAGAGUCAAGACAGAGCCAGGAGCUAGUGGGAGGCAUCCACGCGAGCCAGGGGUGGAGACCUAGCGCUGGGGGCGUGGUCUCGGGCGGGGCGGGGCCUCUGUUGGAGACCCUGCCAGCUUGCUGGCCCAGACGUGGCGCAGUGGCCUGCAGAUCAUCAGCUGGGUACCGAUGAGCUUCCUGCUGCUGCCGCCGCCAGUGUUGCUGCUUCUUGCGGCGCUUGUGGCCCCAGCCACCACCGCCACCACCUACCGGCCGGAUUGGAACCGUCUGCGCGGCCUGGCCCGGGCCCGGGUAGAGACCUGUGGAGGAUGACAGCUGAACCGCCUAAAGGAGGUGAAGGCAUUCGUCACUCAGGACAUUCCAUUCUACCACAACCUGGUGAUGAAACACCUCCCUGGGGCCGACCCCGAGUUGGUGCUGCUGGGCCGUCGCUAUGAGGAACUAGAGCGCAUCCCACUCAGUGAAAUGACCCGCAAGGAAAUCAACGAGCUGGUGCUGGAACUCGGCUUUUACCGCAAGGCUGCGCCGGAUGCGCAGGUGCCUCAGGAGUACCUGUGGGCGCCAGCUAAACCCCCCGGGGAAGCUUCUGACCGCGCUGACCUGUAGGUCCGGAGGUGCGGCGGGGCUGGAGCCACCCUGCCAGAGUCCCGGAGACCCAAUGAAGCGCUCAGCAUCCCGGGAGCGCCUCCCUUGCUGAGGGCCGACACCUCGUCUCCGAGCCAGCAGAAGUGGGGUGGGGGAGGUUCUUCCUAGCCCCCUUUUCUUCCCUCCUCAGCUCCACUAAAUUUCUUCCACCUUAA